AUGUCCAAUAACUCCAUUAAAAGACGAAUUUCACCAACUUCUAAGCCAAAUAAAAGGUCCAAAUCUGUAACCCCUACAACUGACGACUCAGUGCUUGACAAUGUCGAACCUUUAACUACUGAAAAAUAUGUGUAUUGUACACAAAUGUCCCUAUCGUCACCAGAUUCUCCCUGUCGCAGCCCCUCUAUCUCUACGUGCGGUAUGCCAACGGUAAGACUGGUUGACAUACAAGACACUAUACCUACGUGCAUCGAAAAGUCAGCACAGUCUACUAGACAGUAUGUGCUACCAAGGCCUAAGUCUAAAAUUUCAAAAACUAAAGAGUCCAAUGAUCCACCUCAUACACACCAAAAUACUGGUAGAUAUAGUAAUGAAAUCCGACAGCUGCAAAACUCUCUAUCCGAAAUUAACGGCAAACUUGAGAAAUUAGCACCCCUCACUCAUAUAUGGGGCCUUGACACAGACAGAAAUCUUGAGCAACUCACUAAAGCUGAGUGUAUUUUGGAGUUUGUGGCUGAAGAAGUGACGAAGAGAGUGAUGUCCUCCUUCAAUGCAGUUGUGUAUAACCUUCCCGACCGCACACACCCAUCUAAGCUAAGAGAUAUUUGCCUUAGAGCAUGCGGUAUGCCGAACGUUAACUGCAAAGUCAUCCGCCUUAGAAAAAAGUCAGACAGAUCGACUUGCCCCAUUUUGUUUAUGUUUGGCUGUUGUAACGAUGCUAAGCAGUUUAUUAA